UACCUGCAUGAACUAGGCACUCUGCCUUCUGGCUAUAUUUGGCUUCAAAAUAGCAAAACUUCCACAGAGAGGCUUAAAUGGAUAACAAACAUCAAACGCCAUUACUUUUGCUCCGCGUGCUGCACGCUCGCGCUCCAGUUAUUUCUUGUAAUUGCUCAAAUAAUUGAAAUGUUUAUGUUAAAGCUCAGUUUUGACACGAAAGUCGGGUCGAGAAGUUAUUCGCCAUUCUGUAAAACGGAGUCGUGUAGAAGUCCAUUCUGCAAGGGAGUCUGCCCUCUUUUUCUCUCCGGGCGGAGUAGUCGCGUGGGCGCUUGUGCGAAUUGAAAUAAACUGACAGGCCGAUCCUUCAAUGGGACGCCAAGUAGGAAGUCUUCGCCAGAGACACAGCCAAUCACAGCGCGGCCUGGGCGUAACCUAAGUCCAAACUUUACGCGGCGCCAUCGGCUGAAAACUAAACCGAGAUGGAAUCUCCCAGUCUGAACCGGUUUCAACCGGUUGCGAGUUAGUUGCUUGAGAGGAGAGAAGAGAGGAGGCGCAGGCACACAACCUCUAUACCACCCUGCUGGAAAAUUAUUAGAGUAAAGAAUAAAUUAGUGAAUCAAGGUUUACUUAGUUUCGUAAAAUGUAUCGGAGUAACAGAUUGUUAGGUCUACUGUGAUAGUAGUUUUGGAAUCCACAUCAGUGGUUCUUACCAGCCAGACAUCAUUCACUACUGGAGCUGGAGAUAGUCAACGCUGCAGAGAUAGGAAAUCUUUUGUAAUCAUCAGAUACUCUGAAGUACUCAAAGUACCUAGUAGCUUUUUUUUUUGGCAAACGCCACUCUUUUCAGUCAGAGCCUCGGAUAUUAGAGCUCUAUGCCAGCAGUUAUGACAAUGUUAGCAGACCAUGCAGCACAGCAGCUGCUGGACUUCAACCAGAAACUGGAUAUCAAUCUGCUGGAUAAUGUGGUGAACUGUCUGUAUCAUGGGGUAGGACCACAGCAAAGAAUGGCACAAGAAGUGUUGACACACUUAAAAGAGCACCCAGAUGCCUGGACGAGAGUGGAUACCAUCCUUGAGUUCUCCCAGAACAUGAACACCAAAUACUAUGCUCUCCAAAUUCUGGAAACGGUUAUCAAAACCAGAUGGAAGAUUCUUCCCAGGAAUCAGUGUGAAGGUAUAAAAAAGUAUGUUGUUGGGCUCAUUAUCAAGACUUCAUCUGAUGCAUCAAGUGUAGAGAAAGAGAAGGUGUACAUUGGCAAGCUGAACAUGAUCCUUGUUCAGAUCCUGAAGCAGGAGUGGCCCAAGCACUGGCCCACCUUCAUCAGUGACAUUGUGGGGGCGAGUCGUACCAGCGAGAGCCUCUGUCAGAACAACAUGGUCAUUCUGAAGCUGCUCAGCGAGGAGGUGUUUGACUUCUCUAGUGGCCAAAUGACCCAGGUCAAGGCCAAACACCUAAAAGACAGCAUGUGCAAUGAAUUCUCCCAGAUAUUCCAGCUGUGUCAGUUUGUUAUGGAGAAUUCCCAGAAUGCCCCCCUGGUCCAUGCCACCCUGGAGACACUUCUGCGUUUUCUCAACUGGAUUCCUCUGGGAUACAUCUUUGAAACCAAACUGAUCAGCACAUUGGUGUAUAAGUUCUUGAACGUGCCGAUGUUUCGCAACGUGACGUUGAAGUGCCUGACAGAGAUUGCGGGCGUGAGUGUCAGCCAGUACGAGGAGCAGUUUGUUACCCUCUUCACGCUGACCAUGUGUCAGCUCAAACAGAUGCUGCCUCUGAACACCAACAUUCGGCUGGCCUACGCCAACGGGAAAGAUGACGAGCAAAACUUCAUCCAGAACCUCAGUCUGUUCCUGUGUACUUUCCUUAAAGAGCACGGGCAACUCAUUGAGAAGAGGCUCAACCUCAGAGAGACAUUAAUGGAGGCCCUCCACUACAUGCUGCUGGUGUCAGAGGUGGAAGAGACUGAGAUCUUCAAAAUCUGCCUGGAGUAUUGGAAUCACUUGGCCGCUGAGCUCUACAGAGAGAGUCCCUUUUCCACAUCCACGUCCCCUCUGCUGUCUGGCAACCAGCACUUUGAUGUGCCUCCACGCAGACAGCUCUAUCUACCCGUUCUCUCCAAGGUGCGUCUGCUGAUGGUAAGUCGGAUGGCCAAGCCAGAGGAGGUCCUGGUGGUGGAGAAUGAUCAGGGGGAGGUGGUCAGGGAGUUCAUGAAGGACACAGAUUCCAUCAAUCUCUACAAGAAUAUGAGGGAGACCCUUGUGUACCUGACUCACUUGGAUUAUGCGGACACAGAACGCAUAAUGACAGAGAAGCUUCACAACCAGGUAAAUGGUACUGAAUGGUCCUGGAAGAACCUCAACACACUGUGCUGGGCCAUUGGAUCCAUCAGUGGGGCUAUGCACGAGGAGGAUGAGAAGAGGUUCCUUGUUACUGUCAUUAAGGAUCUGCUGGGUCUCUGUGAGCAGAAGCGAGGAAAAGACAACAAGGCCAUCAUCGCCUCUAACAUCAUGUACAUUGUUGGCCAGUACCCUCGUUUUCUUAGAGCCCACUGGAAGUUCCUCAAAACUGUUGUGAACAAGCUCUUUGAGUUCAUGCAUGAGACCCAUGAUGGAGUUCAGGACAUGGCGUGCGACACCUUCAUUAAGAUUGCCCAGAAGUGUCGGCGCCACUUUAUCCAGGUGCAGGUGGGAGAGGUGAUGCCCUUCAUCGAUGAGAUCCUCAACAACAUUAACACGAUCAUCUGUGACCUUCAGCCUCAGCAGGUGCACACGUUUUAUGAGGCAGUAGGGUACAUGAUCGGGGCACAGACCGACCAGGCUGUUCAGGAGCACCUGAUAGAGAAAUAUAUGCUGCUGCCCAAUCAAGUGUGGGACAGUAUCAUCCAGCAGGCCACCAAGAACGUGGACAUCUUGAAGGACCCAGAAACCGUCAAACAGCUGGGCAGCAUUCUUAAGACCAAUGUCAGGGCCUGCAAGGCAGUGGGACACCCCUUUGUUAUCCAGCUGGGACGGAUUUACCUUGACAUGCUCAACGUGUACAAGUGCCUCAGCGAGAACAUCUCUGCUGCCAUUCAGACAAACGGUGAGAUGGUGACAAAGCAGCCACUGAUCCGGAGUAUGAGAACAGUGAAACGGGAGACUCUGAAGCUGAUCUCAGGCUGGGUCAGCCGAUCAAACGACCCACAGAUGGUUGGUGAGAACUUUGUUCCCCCCCUGCUGGAUGCCGUCCUCAUUGACUACCAACGCAAUGUCCCUGCCGCCCGUGAGCCUGAAGUCCUCAGCACCAUGGCAACUAUUGUCAACAAGCUGGGGGGCCACAUCACCAGCGAGAUACCCCAGAUCUUUGAUGCCGUCUUUGAGUGCACUCUAAACAUGAUCAACAAGAACUUUGAGGAGUAUCCAGAGCACAGGACCCACUUCUUCUACCUGCUCCAAGCUGUAAACUCGCACUGCUUCCCCGCAUUCCUUGCCAUCCCUCCAGCCCAGUUCAAACUAGUGCUGGACUCCAUCAUCUGGGCCUUUAAGCACACCAUGAGGAACGUGGCUGACACUGGUCUGCAGAUUCUGUACACCUUGCUGCAGAAUGUGGCCCAGGAGGAGGCAGCCGCUCAAAGUUUCUACCAGACGUAUUUCUGCGAUAUCCUGCAGCACAUUUUCUCUGUGGUCACUGACACAUCGCACACUGCUGGCCUGACGAUGCACGCGUCCAUCCUGGCCUACAUGUUCAACCUGGUGGAGGAGGGGAAGAUCACUGCAGCGCUGAACCCCGCCAGCCCCACCACCAACCAGGUGUUCAUCCAGGAAUAUGUGGCCAACCUGCUUAAGACUGCCUUCCCCCACCUGCAGGAUGCUCAGGUGAAGGUGUUUGUGACAGGGCUGUUCAGCUUAAACCAGGACAUUCCUGCCUUCAAGGAGCAUCUGAGGGACUUCCUCGUCCAGAUAAAGGAGUUUGCAGGUGAGGACACCUCGGACCUUUUUCUGGAGGAGAGGGAGGCUUCACUCCGACAGGCCCAGGAGGAGAAACACAAGAUCCAGAUGUCGGUGCCCGGCAUCCUGAAUCCUCACGAGAUCCCAGAGGAGAUGUGUGACUGAGCGCCUGCUCAGUCUAACUGUACAGUACUCCAAACUUAACCCUAACCACAGCAAACACAAAACCCAAGAGAGGCACUUGAGUGUGGUGGGAGGCCGUGGGCCAUCCCAUUGGAUGUUUGUUGACCAAAAUAAUGCCAAUACUCUGUAAAUGAUUACCGCAUCACCCUGUGGUCCUUUUUACAUGAUCUGCGUUUUCUAUGGAGACUUUUUGUGUAAUAACUUUCCAAAACUGUUAAUCUAGCUUACGUUCUGUUGGUCUCUGGCCCUUCUCAGACCUGCAAGAUGAAGUUAUAACGAUUAGGACAAGUUAACCAUGUUGUUUUGGAUCAGUUUCCGUCACUUCCCUGGUUCUGUUUCCUAGUUCUUCCCUCUUUCCCAUCUCUUUGUUUAUAUAUAGAUCUAUUCUACACCCGGUGUGGGCAGGGGAGGGCGGGGGUGUUGUGAAAAUCGGCCCAUGUGUUGAGUUGGCAUAGAAGCUUCUAGACCCGUGUUGUGACAGAAAGUGGUCUUUUAGAGGCGCACGCACCGCUUGUUUGGUGCCCCACGGCAUUGUGGGAGAAUGUGAAUCUAAUGGAAAAUGAAGGCUGAGAGACGCUGCUCGUGCAGCAGCAUCUUGUUGCUCAUGACUUUCUGCUUCACCCAAAAAACUGAGCUGCUGCUGCCAGCGUGAGGUUUUUCAGGGAAAGCAAAAGCGAAUAUGUGCAUAUCAUCCCAAUUGUAUAGCAUCUUUAAUACCAUGGGAACAUUUUUUUUUUUUCCUCUUAUUCUGUUAUUUCUUUUUGUUGUGGGUGUGUGCGCGUGUGUGCUGUCGCCUAGUCGACAUCAGCGUUUUGUUUUCCUCUAAGAGGAUUGUUGCUCAUUUGUGAGCCUUCAUUAAUGGGAUGUUUUAAGGAAGUGGCGGAGGUAUUUAUGGGCUCUUUGGUUGGUUGCAUCUUUAUAACAACUCCUGUUUAACUCAGAUGGCUUUUGAUUUUGAAUUGUACUAAUUUAGAUUGUUUACCAUGCAGUAGUGCUUCAAGACACUACCUUUAGAGCAAAAUGAGAAAUAAACCUGGGUUUACAUUUAAUUUUGUAUUUUUGCAUUUUUCAUUUGUAACUGUUUGAGUUUUGUCCAAAUAAAGGCUUUUUUUUUUUUGUCCAGAGAGUAAAUGAAUUGCCAGUGAGUUUAAUUAGGAAGAAUGUAUAAAUCCAAAUAAGCAUCCAAUCUCUAAUGGCAGAUUUCCCUUCUCAAGGUGUUACAUUUGUUGUGAACUUUUUGAACUGAUUAAAGGUGAGAAUUUUAUAAUCCUG